AUAGUUCCAUCACACUCCUCGCUCUCUCGCUCUCUCUCGAUCCUCUCUGCCUUUGCCGAUCGUGGUGAGGGCAGAGGGAGGGAGGGAGGGAGGGAGGGAGCGGCGGCGGCGGCGGCGCAAAAGAGGUCUCUUUCUUUUUGUUGAGAGAGAGGCCGCGAGAACGUCGGCGGCGAUGUCGACGGCCUUCUCGGACUUCGGGCCGCUCACGGAGCGCCGCCGUGUCGAGAGGCAGCGCCAGGAGCGCAGGCGGUUCAUGGUCGCCGUCGGUGGCGCGUCGGUCCUCCUUAUCAUCAUUGUCAUGGGCGGCGCCGCCGUCGCCUACAACGCGGGCUUCGGUGAUGGUGGUUCCUCCUCUUCCUCCUCCGGCGACGGCGGCGCGCAGCCCAGCCUGAGCGGUGUCUCCAAGAUCAUCAAGGCGAUGUGCGCGCAGACGGACUACAGGGAUACCUGCGAGAAGAGCCUCGCCAAGGUCGCCUCGAACGCCAGCGCGUCGUCGUCGCCCAGGGACAUCGUCCGCGCCUCCGUAGCCGCGAUCGGCGACGCCGUCGAGAAGGCGUUCGACAAGUCGGGCGAGAUCGUCAGCGACGACCCCCGCGUGAAGGCCGCCAUCGCCGACUGCAAGGAGAUCUACGAAAACGCCAGGGACGACCUCGAGCGCACUCUCGGUGGCAUCGACGCCGGCGGCGUGGACGGGCUCACCAAGGGCGGGUACCAGCUCCGCGUGUGGCUGAGCGCGGUGAUCGCGGACCAGGAGACAUGCAUCGACGGGUUCCCCGACGGCGACCUCAAGGACAAGAUGAGGGACGCCAUGGAGUCCGGCAAGGAGCUGACCAGCAACGCGCUGGCCAUCAUCGGGAAGGCCUCGUCGUUCCUCGCCGCGCUCAACCUCCCAGCGUCGUCGGCGGCCAGCCACCGGCGACUCCUCAGCUUCGCCUUCGACGAAGACACACCGAGGCAGCCCGACGUGCCGCUCUGGGUGAGCCGGCAGCAGAGGAGGCUGCUCAAGGGCAAGUUCCAGAACAAGCUCACCCCCAACGUCGUCGUGGCCAAGGACGGCAGCGGCAAGUUCAAGACCAUCAACGACGCGCUCGCCGCCAUGCCCAAGAAGUACACAGGAAGGUACGUGAUCUACGUGAAGGAAGGGGUGUACGAUGAGUACGUGACGAUCACCAAGAAGAUGGCGAACGUGACCAUGUACGGCGACGGCGCCAAGAAGACCAUCAUCACCGGCAACCGGAACUUCGUCGACGGCCGCACCACCUACAAGACGGCGACCUUCAGCGCGCAGGGCGACGGGUUCAUGGGCAUCGCGCUGGGGUUCAGGAACACGGCCGGCGCCGCGAAGCACCAGGCGGUGGCGCUGCUGGUGCAGUCCGACAAGUCCAUCUUCCUCAACUGCCGCAUGGAGGGUUACCAGGACACGCUCUACGCGCACUCCAAGACGCAGUUCUACCGCAACUGCGUCGUCUCCGGCACCGUCGACUUCAUCUUCGGCGACGCUGCGGCGGUGUUCCAGAACUGUGUCCUCACGCUCCGCCGCCCGCUCGACAACCAGCAGAACAUCGCCACGGCGCAGGGCCGCGCCGACGGCCGCGAGGCCACCGGCUUCGUGCUCCAGCACUGCCGCUUCGCCGCCGAGCCGGCGCUCAAGGACGCCUCCCGCCCGGCCGUUCGCAGCUACCUCGCACGCCCGUGGCGCGAGUACUCGCGCACGCUCAUCAUGGACUCCGACAUCCCCGCCUUCGUCGACAAGGCCGGUUACCUGCCGUGGAGCGGCGACUUCGGGCUCAGGACGCUCUGGUACGCCGAGUACGGGAACAAGGGCGCCGGGGCCGCCACGGCCGGCCGCGUCAGCUGGCCGGGCUACAAGAAGGUGAUCAGCAAGGAGGAGGCCACCAAGUUCACCGUGCAGAACUUCCUGCACGCCGAGCCAUGGAUCAAGCCGACCGGCACGCCGGUGAAGUACGGCAUGUGGGCCUGACAAUGUUUGUCACCGCCGCCGACAAGCUGCAUGCUAGCUUCCGCCAUGUACAUAUACCUGCAUGCAAUUCAACCACAGCUGUUGCCCCGAAACACACUGAGCAGCACUAAGCUUAGAACAAAAGGUCAAAAACACAUGGCGAAACUUGCUGAAACCUCCACAACUUUGCACCGUGCCGUAAUUUGUUCCAUUAACCACCAAUUAAACAACUAAAAACUCCCAGAACGCCACAAUUCCUAAAAGA